CGCUCAACCUCUAUUAUCCUUCUACCAUACGCGAAGUAUGUCUUGACAACAGGUUCGGUCUACCUUAUUCACAGCGCUUACGCUCUCUCGAAUGGGACCAUGUGAGGUAUCGUCCACCAGAGUGAUGGAACACACGGCGGUCCUUGGCCUACGCGUUUGCAAUGCAGGAUUCAUGCACAAAGCUGAGCGUCUCCCUUGCCCUCUGCCGGGCAAUUCACUUGCUACUUGCUACUCAAACUACACCAACAGCACCUCCAUCAAAUCUGUAACUCGGCGCCAAACCCCGUUAUGGCUCAGCAUUGCAUCUCGGAAAGCAACAUCGGCUUCAUUGAUGUGGCGCAAUGCGCAAUGCCCCUAUCUCGCCAAUUCAUCAGCUCUUCUCCCUAUUCCCUGCUACUGCGGAAUAACGCCAGGCUUGUCUAAGCCCCUCGUAACCUUCGUGAUCGCUGCGACGGUCCCAUCGUCUUCUAUGACCGGUUCUGCCGCGGCGAGUAGGAAUCUGGAAAGAGGCUUGACGAGCAAUUCCAGGGCAUUAAGCUAUAUUGGCAUGAGUCCAGCUAUAUCAUGGCUUCUUCGAUGUACGCGAGAAAGGAUACCAUCUUCUCGGGUGGCAUAUUAGUCAGCUCUGACGUGGCUACGAACCUGGUGGCGUUAUCAGUGGCUAUCGUCUCAACUCUGAGGGGAAUUCUGGGACUGUAAGCGCCCUCGAAGGCGACUACGAAAAACGCCGAGUUCACAGCAUGGUCUUCUUGGAGCCUCACGUCUACCUCCUCGGUCCAUUCCCUAAGGAUAUCCUCAAAGCCUUCAAGCGCUGGAAGGGAUUGAAUAAGCUACCGCAUCGUCUAAGGCCCCGGAGUCCUGCAUCAUUACCUAUCUUUUAGAGUCCUUGGGUCGGAUGCAUCCGCCAAAACCGCCGACAUCGCAGCCAAAGCCUUUGCUGGUCAACGGAACAACG